AUGCUGAAGGAACUAAUGCUGCGUCACCGGUUUGAGGCUGUGGGCGGCUUCACCCACUCGCCAAUGGAGGUGCUGGACCGGUGAGUGGAUGGACGACACGCAAUGAGAGGGCAAAUGAAUUGCUAUGUGGUGCGCCAUUGAUGUGUGUGUCAGUCGUGUGCGGGGUGGCCACCUCGACCGCAUCAUGACUCGAUCGCCAAACACGCCCCUCGACGAGUGCUCGGACGUGUUGACAUGGGAGUGGGCCAAUGGGACCUGUGUGCACGUGCAUGUGCUGACAACGGCUGCCGACCCAUUCAUCGCAUGGAUUUCUUUCAACAUCCCCCAAGGCAACCAGAACGGUACGCAUAGACAUUGACAACACAUCCUCAUGCUGUCGUGUCGUUUCAUCAUUCGCUCUGCUGUUGUCUGCAUACAGUCCAUGUCACCAUCACUACCAGCGAGGCACCAGCGGCAGCGGGUGUCCCUCAUGACGCCCCCUUCGCCCAGCGAUUCCCCCGGACGGCCGCCAAAGCCCGUCGCGUUCUCGGGCCGAUAGCAGCCAUCGUGCUUGACGGCCAGGCGCCUUAGACCAUGAAGGUGAGAGCCACACACGCAAUGGGAUGAUGAUGCGCGCAUGUGUGUGUGUGUUUGUGUCUGUGGAGACGUGUCUGCUUUGUGUUAUGCAGUUGCUCUGAGAAGCUGCACGUGUUGACGAGAGGGCCGUUCAAGGUGACGGUAGCGUAGCGUACUGCGGAUGAAUGAGAACACGAGUGUGUGUGCAUGGGUGGACAGAUCCUCGAGACUCUAACUUGUUGGACACCAUGUUAGUUAGCAUUCAAGCUGUGUUUCGUG